AUGUCAGAAGAAGCUGCGAACAAAGAGAUGGCCAAUAAGACCGAGGAGAUAGAGGCUGUCCCAAGGCAUAGCGAAGUGGCGGCGAUUCGAAAUGAGAGCACCGAGGACAUUGAGGAUGACCCUCAUCGAGCUGCUCUCGAGGACAACCCUGAGAGUCCUCCGCGUGUCACUUGGUCAACGAUCAUGGCCGUCUUUUUCAUGGGCUUGUCCUUCGCGGGAUGCAUUUCAACUGCAUUCCUCCUGGCAUCGUCCAUUUUGGUCCCAAUCGGCACCGCAUUGGGUGAUUUGGAACCGAUCAGCUGGAUCGCCUCCUCUUGGGCAACCACCUCAGCAGUGAGUAUGUCCCUCGGCGGCGGUCUGAGCGACAUAUUUGGUCGUCGCUACGUUAUUAUGGCCGGACAAGGCCUCAAUAUUGUUGGCGGUAUUGUCGCGGCCACUGCUCAAACCACCAAGCAUGUUAUUGCUGGGUCUGCCAUUGUCGGCUUCGGUGCUGGUUUGAUCUUUGUUGCUUACGCCGGCAUUCCCGAAAUUCUGCCUAACAAGUACCGUGGAAUGGGCUUGGCAUGGACUGAAUUCUGCAUCACUCUCCCAUGGGGUCUGCUUGCGACUCUCAUUGCAAAUCAGCUCAACGAACACGCGACGUGGCGGUGGGUUUACUACCUAUCUAUCAUCUACUCCGCUGUUUGUCUGGUUGGGACGGCCAUCUUCUACUUCCCACCGGCUCGCCCACGUAAAGACUACGACAAGACCAGAUGGGAAGAGUUCCUGGAGCUGGACUUUGUGGGCUACUUGCUCUACGCUGGUGGCUUGACUGUUUUCCUCAUUGGAAUGAGUUGGGCUGGCGAAGAAGGCCACGCAUGGCAUUCUGCCUCGGUGGUAGCGCCUAUUGUUCUUGGAGCUUUGACAUUCAUUGGCUCCUUUGUCUAUGACUGGACCAUGAAACCGAAGCUCCCAUUGAUGCCACUCCACAUCUUCCGCAUGGUCCGGGAAUUCACCAUCUUGCUGGUAGCGCUCUUCGUCUCGGGAAUGGUCUUUUUCGCCAUGGUCUCCUUGCUACCUCAAGCCACCGAGUCGGUCUACGAUAGCGAUCCGAUCAAGCUCGGAGUCGCUCUGAUCCCGAACGGUGUCGGUCAAUUCAUUGGAGGAGCAGUCCUACCUGCGUUGAUUCACAAAAUCAAGAACAUCCGGGCUCAAAUCGUCUUCGCCCUCUUCCUACAGACCCUGUUCUCGGCUCUGUAUGCCUAUGGAAUCAUACCGCACCACAAGACGGCAUGGGUCAUCUUCCAACUUUUCGGCAUGAUGUGUUUCUCGUGGAUCACUCUCUGUUCGUACGUGGUUGCCGGUCUGCAUGUGCCACACAAAGACCUCGGAAUCGCGUCGGGAUUGGUGGGCACUUUCCGCAACACAGGAGGCAGCGUCGGUAUCGCCAUUUUCAACACCAUCAGAAAUGGCGUUCUCAACAGUCAACUGGUCCCGCGCAUUGUGAAGGCCGCGACGGCCAACGGGUUCCAGGGCGACGAAGCCGCGGUUAAAAGCCUCGUGACGGCCGUGUCGAACAACGCGAAAGGAAUCCCCGACGCAUUUGCGAAAAUUCAGGGUGCCUCUCCGGCUCUCAUCUCAGCGACCGCGGAAGCCUACAAGUCGGCAUAUGGAUACGCAUACCAACGCGUCUUUUACAGCACGAUUCCCUUUGGCGUGAUCGCCAUCAUUACCGCCCUCUUCAUCAAGGACGCCUCGGAAUACUUGACGAAUCACACGGCCGUGCACAUGGAAAAGGAAAUCCUGGGGGAACACCACCACGAGAACAAGGCUGUGGAUGCGGAGCAGCCGGAGAAGACGACAACGUAA